AUGGGGUUGGGUCUCUUGCUCCUCUCUCUGGGCGCACUCGUGCCACUGGCACGAUGCCAGAUCAUCGAGGGCCCUGCCCCCGAAAUUGAGUUCGAAAUCAGGAUGACGGAUGAAAUUAGAGAUGCAUUCGCAGCCCUCUUCGACGAGACCUUCAUGCAGCAGUUGGUUGAUUGCCAGCAACUGGCUGGAGACAACUGCGAUGUUACGGGUCUAGCGGAGUACAUGAUUGAAGUUGGGGGCAGACUACGGAAUUCAUUUACGCAGUGCCCGACGGGAUGCUCGCACUCUCAGAAAGACUGCAAGGACUUUUGGCUCGCUUUCGAGGAAAACCCAGUGGCUUUGCGUAAUGGCUGUGCCCUCACCAACAACUGGCCGGGCGCUUGCACUACGUUCCUGCGGGAGCUUCAAAGGCGAGUCGCCGACGAGACGUGGGAGUUGUCAGUGAUGUGCCGCAUGAUCGACGCAGGACUGAACCUUGAGCGAAUGCCUGACUGCAAAACCCUUGCGAUAAUGACGACAUCAAGUCGACCGUCGCUGCAUGACGGUGGCUGCAGCUUCGAGACUCGGGACGAAUGCAUUUCGAACCUUUGCGACGUCUACAGCCAGUUCGCCUGGCGUAUGCAGCCAAGAAACUUGAUCCCAGAGCAAGCCCGCGUGCCGUUUGACUCAAGCUACAUCCUCGCCGGUUGUGAGCACCUGGUGGACUUGGACAUGUACAACCGCCGGGAUGAGUGCCAUGACCGGUUGGACGUCCUUGCUUUCUGCGAUUGCGUCUGCCCUGGAAUGAGCUAUGUCAACGAACUGGGAAUCACAGAUUGCCCGACGAUCGUGGACAACUACCUUCUUUUUGGAAGGCUGGGAAUUGCAAACACGUCGUUGGACGCUUUGUGCGAGCCGGAGAUCUGCGAAGCCUUCAGCUCGCAGCGGCUUUCGGAUUCCUGUAGGGACACCCGACUUCCGGGAGACCUGGAGUGCCUAGCUAUGCAGCUGCCGAAGGUGCUGCCUCAGAACUCUCCGUGUCCGUGGCUGAACCACUCUGGUGAAGUGAAUGUUCUUGAAUGCCUGGACGGCCAUCGUUGUGACAUCAAUGCAGAAGGGUGGUCCUGCUGUGAGAACCAUCGUGGCCGCGCAAAAUGCCCAGCGCAGUUGCCGAUCAUGUGUGACACUCUUUGCUCGGGAAUUACGGAGUACUGCUGCCGACAGGAGGGGGAGUGCUCACCUCGAGGCUGCCCCGUGAUUCUUCAGCGCGAGUUGUUCUACAAAGAGGAGACGACCACGGUGACAACCACCACCCCUGAAGGCAGAGCUGCGGUGGAGGAGGAGGGCUUCACAUUACGGCUUCCAGAAGGAAGUUGGAUCUGGUUGAUGCUGCUCAUUCCUUUGUUCUGCAGUAUCGGGUUCUUUCUCUACAUCCGAUGCCUCAAUAAGAAGUUCGAGCGUGAACAAGUGGCUGAGGGUGACACGAUCCUGGGCAUGAAACUCGACAAGUUCGGCUUCUUCCACGCCUACAAAGCCGAAAACGUCGAGAGGGAAGAGACGAAGCCCCGAAUUUGCAUCGUCAUGAGUGAGCUUCCGGAGUCGCGACCUUUGGGCCUGGAGUUGAUGGAGCUUCGCGUCGUCCGAGUGCUCCUUUGUGCAGAACUUGCGAUCCACUUCAUGUUUGUUCCCCGCCCUCGGUGUGGGGCUGUUAGAUUUUAA